GGUGGAGGAAAACUGCACAAUCUGAGCUGCUCCCAGCUCUGGGGAUGUAAAUUGAUGAGGUCACCGUGUUUUCCAGUCACAGAAAAGAGAGUUAAAGGAAAGUGUUGAACUUGUUUUUCGAGAGAGGCAAAAACUCCGAGGAGCAGAAGAGAGAAAUGGAGCAACUUGUGAAACUCCUCCUGUGGCAGAUCCUGCUUCAGCAAAGUUCUGUGGGCUCAUAUUCAGUCCCAGCUGAUGCCUCCAACCCAUCCAGCAGCGUGGUGGUGUCUGUGCUGAACAUCAGUGCAGCCCUGGGCUCCCAGGCCGUGCUGCCCUGCAAGAGCCACCGCAUAGUGUGGACCCAGGACCGCCUGAACGACCGGCAGCGCGUGGUGCACUGGGACCUGCUCAGCUCCUACUUUGGGGACAGCAGGAUGGAGAGGCUCUGUGACAUGUACUCGGCUGGGGACCAGCGUGUCUACAGCUCCUACAACAAGGGCAGGAUCCUCAUGCCCGAGAAUGCCUUUGCAGAUGGGAAUUUCUCGCUGGUGAUCAAAGGUGUGUCAGACAGUGAUGCAGGCACAUAUUCCUGUAACCUUCACCACCACUACUGCCACUUGUACGAGACUGUGAAAAUCCAGCUGAUCAUCGCCAAGGGAGACGAGGAGCCCAGCGAGUACUGGGACGGCGAGAAGCCGGUGCUGGUGGCCCCGGAGGGCAGCACGGUGACGCUGCCCUGCGUCAACCGCCAGCACAUCUGGACGGAGCGGCACAGCGAGGAGGAGCAGCAGGUGGUGCACUGGGACCGGCAGCCCCCGGGGGUGCCCCAGGACCGCGCCGACCGCCUGGUGGAUCUGUACGCGUCCGGGGAGCGCCGCUCCUACGGGCCCCAGUUCCUGAGGCAGAAGAUGAACGUGAGCCGCGGAGCCUUCGGCCUUGGGGACUUCUCGCUGCGCAUCUCGCGCCUGGAGAGCGCCGACGAGGGCACCUACUCGUGCCACCUGCACCACCACUACUGCGGGCUGCACGAGCGCAGGAUCUACCACCUGGCUGUCACCGAGCCGCAGAGGGACAGCAGGGUGGUGAACAUCACGGUCCCUGCUGCAGAUCCAAACGUGGUCAGGGGCCACAAUGUCAUCAAUGUCAUCAUCCCUGAGAGCAGGAUGCACUUUUUCCAGCAGCUGGGCUACAUCCUGGCCACUCUGCUGCUCUUCCUCGUCCUCCUCAUCAUCGUGGUGCUCGUCACCCGCAGGCGCCGGCACAGAGGUUAUGAAUACAACGUGAAGAAAUACGGAGAGAAGGACGUGAACCUUAAAGAAUUUACAGUGGACACAACAGAUCUGACCCCACACAAAAGUGAAGACAUCAGGCUGGAUUACAAAAACAACAUCCUGAAGGAGAGGGCUGAGCAAGCCAGAAGCUUCCCAGCAAAGAACAUUGAUUUAGACAAAGAUUUCAGGAAGGAAUAUUGUAAAUGAAGACACUCCCAAGCUGCUGGCUGGUCCAGAAGCUUCCAUCCAAGAUAGAUAACAUGGAAAAGAGAUGGUUUUUCUUAUUUCCAUCUCCCUCCAGUUCCCACAGAAUUUUUUCCACAUCCACUUUUUUUUUUUUUCCCCCACACAAGGGUGCAAAUGCUUCAUGAAAGAGUUAAACUGUCUUGUGUGCAUUUAUGGGGUUGCCUUUUCUUCUUCCUCUGUUCUCCCAAUCCUCCCUCCUUCCCCUUUUCUUUCUUGACAAUUAUUGUUGGAUUUUAUGCAUCAAUGAUUUUUAUGAGCUGAAUCAGCAGAGGUUUUGCUUUGAUGUUUCAAUGACACAAAUCCUAUAGCAUUUCCACAGGAUUCUGUGCUUGAAUGGAAUUUAUCUGUCUGUCCUGUAUUUAUUAAAGCAGCUGUCAUA